AUGAACGUCACAAAAGAAAUUGAGAUGUACAAGUUUCUUGGACUGGAGACGGGUCGUUUACCUGCCGCUUUAUUCAUUGUUUCAGCCAUUGCCUUUGGUUUACCUGGAAACUGCCUAUCUUUAUACAUACUCCUGUUCCGCAUGGACAGGCAGUCCACGUACGUCAUUUUCGUUUCUUUUCUGGCCAUGUUUGAUGUUUUGACAUGCGCUGUGCAUAUGCCUCUAGAACUGAUUGACCUCGUGUUCCCCUUUAGUAUUCCCGAGUGGUUGUGUAAAUGUUUUCGAUUCAACAACAGUCUCUUGUACAUGGGCUCUCUGGCGACAUUAUUGGUUAUAGCCGUUGUGCGAUACCGUCAUAUAGUCCAUCCCCUCAAACAGAAAUUAUCCCAUGCCAAAGCGAGGCAAUGCUGCUGGGCAGUUUUUGUAUUGUCCAUCUUAACCGCUGCCCCGGCAUUUGUCUUGAACGGGAAUCAUACUGCAACCAUCGGGAACUCUACUGCCACCAUCUGCUACAUCGCAGAUACGGCCCAGAAAACCAUAUACCCAACCGUCUAUCUGACCUUUUAUGGGAUGUUUUACUGUUUAUCGGUUGUCAUUUUAUGUCUCACUUACGUAGUCAUCGUAAAGACUAUAAGAAAGGCAAAUAUCGCGCGCAGACAGAUGCAACGUCAUGUUAGCACUUGUCUCAACACGAUAAGCCAACCACUGUCCACAGCGAUCAAUCCCAAAUUAGAGAAAAUGUUUUCGGACACGGAUACAAAUCAACCGAAACUAAAUGAGAAAUCAAUCGGUGGGUCUGGGAAAAGUUCCAAGAACGGGAAAACAAAGGUGUUGUUGCUGAUUACAAUUAUUUUCAUCCUGGCGUACCUCCCUUAUGUUUCUAUUGGAGUGGUGCUCACAUUGCAAAGGAAUUUUAAGAGUAGCCUAUCAACCACACAGGAAGCCAUAUAUAGGGUUGCAAUACGUUUUCCUCUCAUCAACCAUGUUGCUAAUCCAGUCAUAUAUGGAUUCUGCGAUCCAAACUUUAAGAAACAUCUCAAGGCCUUAUUUCUGAACAGUAAAUGA